ACGGCAGCAGCUGUCAAGUCCACUGUACACAGCUUGAGUUGAGCAGCCGCAGCGGCAACCGAGUCAGUUGGCACGCAACUUUGUUGCAUAUCGCAUAGCGUGAUUUUUGAAUUUGCGAAAAAGGCGAAAUUUUUACUAAAACGCGUAAAUACACAAUUAUGAUGAAUUGCAAAAAAUUCCAUGCAAAAUGAAAAUUGCCGUGACUCAAGUAUGUAAUUGAAAGUGAGAAAACUUUAAAUUGAUGUAGCCUAAAAGUAAAUUACUAUAAAGUACUGGCACAAAUUAGCGCCGGCGCCGCUUGCAUGUGAAAAAGUACAUAAGCGUUGCAAACAAACAAAAACGCUGAACAAAAUGUACCAUUAACUAUGGAAUACAAACGCAAAUAAUAGCCUGACCCCAAACAAAUUGCCAUUUUCCUAUUGACACAUAAAAUGCAACUUCAUCUGGCUAUUCGCUAAUUAAUUCGCUUGUUUGCCUGUGCCAAUUAGCGACGUUCGCAGGCCGUUAAUUAGUGCUGAGUAUCAGCAAUUAAAAUAACAAUAAAACAACUGCAAAUCGACGUUGUAACUGCAAACAAAACUAAAACUAAAACAAAAAAAAAAUGGAGUUUAAACUUUGUAAAUUUACUACAAAUUAAUUGCUCAUUAGUACACUCGUGACGAUCAUUAACUGCUGACAGUUGCGCGAGUGAUCCACGUAGCAAUAGCCAGCUAGCCAGUAAGCGAUCAACAACAACACAAACGCCAACAACGUGGUCGAUCAUAAUCUGCAAGUCUUCCCAUUGCUGCUUGUCAGCCACACUCUACUGCAGCUGGUAGCAGCGCUUAUUUCGCCCAUCAGUGCCCCAACGCCACCCGAUUUGCCAUCUGCAUUUUUAUUGACCAUCUGGAUUGACACUGCCGCGUUUUCUUAUUGCCUCAACCACUGCUUAAGGUUCGCAUUUAGCGUUUGCCUCGUCUUUUAUUUUGCAUCAUUCCCGGGCACUGACUGGCAAUUGUGCUGUGCCGUGUGCGAGUGUGUUGGUUAAUUAUUGUGCAUUGCAAUUACAAAUCGCGACAUUUAUUUACAACUUGUGUCAAUGAGUGAAUGUCAAGUGUCAAAGUGAUUUACUUGUGUCAUCCCGGAGCCGUCGGCAGCUUUGUAGCGUACAGUAUUAGCGUGUGAAAAUGUUCGAAAUUUUUAGUGUCAUCGUGUUUUGUUUUCGUUAUUUCACCGAUUAACUGCAAUUAGUGCAAUAAUUUACUGGCAAAUAAAUACAUACAUUAGCUGUCAGUCUGUCAGACGCUGUCUGAUGCAGCCGAGAUUGGUGCAACAUUGAAAUAUGUUGUAUAAUGUGCCGUGCUAUCAGAAUUUUUCAACGCUGGAUUACUACAAGGUUAAACGUCCCAAAACAGAGCACACGGAUACAAAUGAACGAAAUCGCCUUUGCUCUCAAACCACCGCUCAAACGCCUCAACAUCAGCAGCAGCAGCAACAACAGCAACAUCAGUCGCAGCAGCAGCAACACCACUCCUCACAACUUCAUCCUCACUCCCUGCCUCACUCACAAUCGCCACUGGGCACAGCUACUGCGGUCACUUCCGCAACGUCUGGUCAAUGCAGCCCGCUAACGUUGCCGCCACAGUCGCAGCCACUGCAGCCAACAAUCACUUCACUGGCAUCACUUAGCAGUCAUUAUAAUACGCCGCCCAACUUGAAUUCCAGCUGCAGCCUUUCGUCGGGGUUAAGCGCCUACACUUCGCUUAGUGCCGCCGCAACUGCGCCAUUCAGCCAAUCGCCCGGCAGCAGUUUUUCCACAUAUCAGCAUCCCCAUGCGACAACCGACGGCACCUCGAGCGGCGUCGAUGGGCCAGCAGGCCUAAGUAAUGCGAGUGCUUCGAGCGCAGGCCGACAUUCUCAUGCGGAGCUAGGUGGUGGUAUUGGUGUGGGGGUGGGUGGCGCGGCCAGCACAGGUAUGCCUCAUUGGCUCCCAGCGGAGCCACAUUUGGCAUCGGUGAAGUCGGAGAAUCGCAGUCCUGGGCUGAAUAACAGCGGUGGUGGUGGCGUUGCAUCCAGUGUGAAUGCCAACAACAGUGGUAUUGAGAGCCAAUCAUCUAUGGGCGGAAACAGCGCUACACAGCGCUUGGAUGGUAGUGGUGCCAUCAGCGGCAAUGGAAGUACACCGGGCAACAGUUCAAUUUAUGGUUGCUCUUCGGUUGGCGUCGGAAGUCUGAGCGGCAUGGAGAGCAGCGUCGCAGGUAUUGGCGCAAACUCCUCUUCCAGCGCGGCCAUGGCGGCGGUGAAUUCAUCAGCUGCAGCAGCAGCCGCAGCGGCUGCUUACGACACCAGCAAACACGAUUACUACAACUAUUACAAUAGCAUGCAGCAGUACACGCCGCCAUUCUACUCCACCUAUGGCACGCCAUAUACCACUGCAGCAGCGCGUGCUGCCACUAAAAUCGAGCCCAGUUCACCAUACCUAACGUCGUCGUAUGCGACAGCCACCGGCAAUAACAACUCCUCGCAACUGUAUCCAACCGCCUAUGGCUACAACAACUUUGCGCAAUUUGGUACAGCAGCCGCAGCAGCCGCGCAGCAGGACUACGGUAGCUACUACAACGAUCAGUAUGGAAAUUAUUACAACCCGGCCAGCUACUCGCCGUAUGCGGCUGUAAGUUCGCCCAGUUCGAGUGCGGCUAGCCACGGCUUCCAUGUGGGCGCCUCCAAUUUAUCGGAAAGUCCCACCGAUACGCACUCGACCACGCCUGUGCUGCACGCCACACAUUCACCACACUCGCCGCUGCCGAUCUCACCGAAUGCCAAUGCCGCGGCGCUGAACUCUAAUUCCAACACUGCGGCGGCAACGGCGCACACCAAAAGUACGCCUACCAGCAAAAGUGGGCGCUCACGCGGACGACGUCAUCAGCAGCCGAGUCCAACGCGCAGCACCACUUCGGACACACCAAACAGUGAUGCGGCUAAGCCGCCUGAACGCGUCUUUAUCUGGGAUCUAGAUGAGACGAUCAUCAUUUUCCAUACGCUACUCUCCGGUUCCUUCGCCAAUCGCUACACCAAAGACCAAAGCACGCUGCUAACGAUCGCAUUCCGCAUGGAAGAGAUGGUCUUCAACAUGGCCGAUACGCAUUUUUUCUUCAACGAAAUUGAGGAAUGCGAUCAGGUGCACAUCGAUGAUGUGUCCUCCGAUGAUAAUGGUCAGGAUUUGAGCAAUUACAACUUUGCGACGGACGGUUUCCAUUCGGGUGCGCCACCCGGCGCGCCGCCAAAUCUUUGCCUGCCAACUGGCGUACGUGGCGGUGUCGACUGGAUGCGCAAGCUGGCGUUCAGAUAUCGCAAAAUCAAGGAGAUCUACAACACCUACAGAGGGAACGUUGGUGGCUUGCUGGGUCCUGAAAAGCGUGACGCCUGGCUGCAAAUACGCUCGGACAUUGAAAUGGCUACCGACAACUGGGCCUCACUGGCCACGAAGUGUCUGAAUAUGAUCGCGCAGCGCGAGAAUUGUGUGAAUGUGCUCGUGACGCAGACGCAGCUGGCGCCCGCAUUGGCUAAAGUGCUGCUCUUCGGGCUCGGCGGUAUAUUCUCCAUCGAGAAUAUCUACAGCGCGCACAAGAUUGGCCAUGACACCUGCUUUGAACGCAUUAUGACACGAUUUGGUCGCAAAGGCACCUACGUAGUCAUAGGCGAUGGCACCGAGGAGGAGAAUGCAGCGAAGACGUACAACUUCCCCUUCUGGCGCAUUUCGUCGCAUAGUGAUAUACGCGCACUUUACACAGCGCUCGAUAUGGGUUUCUUAUGAAAGGCGCGCUGCUGCAGCUGGAUAUAUUGCGCGACAUUUACACUGUAAAAAAAUUAAUAAGAAGUAAGUUAAAUAAUGACAAUUAUAAUAUUAAAUAAUUAUUGAGUUAAUUAACGAAAAAAAAACGCAUACAUACAUAAAUACAGUUAUAAGAAAAAAUCUCUUGCAUGUAAAUUAAAUAUCGUUGUAGCUAAGCAAAUGUACGCACCUAAAAAUUAAAAGACUUCUUAAUCACUAUAUUUAGUUAAAAUAAAUUAAUCUAUAAUCAAAUAAGUUAAGUA